AUGGCAAUUGACGGUCUUAUAAUCCUAGACUCGACCGGGCGUGCCAUAAUCCAGUCUGGCUUCCGCUCCAGCAGUCCAGCAUUCCCCUUAUUGCACAUUGAAGCACUCAACACUGCUCUAGCCAAGGCCUCCAGACCGACGGAUGUCGAUCCCGUGCUCUACGUGUCUAGUCUGGAGCUAGACACGCCUAGCGCGUGCUGCCAUGUCAAGCACGAUGACCUGCGGCUCUUAUGCCCUGUGAGCGGCGACAUUGAUCCCCUAUACGUGUUUGCGUUCCUGCAGGCUUUCGUGGACAUAUUGCGUGAAUAUUUCGGACAAAUAUCCGCGGAGACAUUGAAAGAUAACUUCGACGUCGUGUAUCAGCUGUUGGAAGAGACCCUCGAUGCCAGUGGCCAUCCGUCUACCACAUACUCCAAUGCUCUUCGUGACAUUGUGCUGCCCCCGUCUCUCCUGCAGAAGGUCCUCAGCGUUGCCGGUGUCACUGGUCUUGCCAGCCAGUCGUCGAACUCUCAUCCCUUUGCUUCGCCGAUACCCUGGAGGAAGAUGGGUGUGAGGUACAACAACAACGAGAUAUUCUUCGACAUCGUAGAAGAGCUCCGGGCGAUAGUGAACAAAGGCGGUGUGGCUGCCAUGAGCCAAGUCUGGGGGUCCGUCCAGUCGAAUUGCAAGUUGUCAGGGACGCCGGAUCUCCUACUUUCCUUAGCGAACUCUCAGACGAUGACCGAUUGUUCUUUUCAUCCCUGUGUCCGGCUGCAGAGAUGGACCCGUGAUAGGCAACUGUCCUUUGUGCCUCCGGACGGACAGUUCACAUUGAUGAGCUACCGAUACCAGCCGUCCGGCACGCACCAGGUCGCUGUGCCGUUCGUGAUUAAAGCAUCCGUCACUUUACUCACGGCAUACACAGGGAUAUUCGACCUGACGGUGUCUUCCCGCCUCGCAACCCGAGUUGUGGAGAAAAUGACGGUGGACUGGUUCCUCGGCGACGGCGCGUCGGGUGCAAGCUGCACAGCAUCCAACGCAUCGUCAUGGACAUUUGAACCAAGCACAAAGACACUACGGUGGGAGAUGAAGAAUAUCGCCCCAUCAUCGAGCUUCACCUUGCGUGGGCACUUUAUCUCAGCGACGAAGGUGCCUCGACCUUCACAUGCGUUCCGUGUGAAGUUCGAAGUACUGCAGCACAUGUUCUCGGCGUUGAAGGUUGACCAGCUGAAGCUGACCGGCGAGCUGUACAAGCCAUAUAAGGGCCUCCGUGGACGGUCCAUGGGAGACGUCGAGUGGCGAUGGUAA